CGUAAUGUAAUGUCAAUUGUCGUGGUGAAAUCACCGUGUUGACGGUCCGGGAAAGGAAAAUGAGACGACGAUGAACGGCGAGCGAGAUUCGUGACUAUUUCGCGUACUGCGGGAAGAGGACCACGAAGAACGAACGCAAGGAAGAAGAAGCGGGCCGGUCCGGUGGGGCCCCGGCCAUGGGGGAGACAGUAUGUUCUCCGAGCUGUGCAGGGAGACCCUGCGGAAGGCAGCAGUGUGUUACUCUGCUCGUGCAGGAAGUCCAUCACCAUCGCCACCAACGUCUCCGCCGCCAUCACCCGCCAAGGAGGCAAAGACUGCUGCCAACGCUGACCUGGCAAAUGUCCGUGAUGCCAUUCACGAAGGAGUCAGAGACCAUCACCACCACCACCAUCAUUCAGGGACCACCGCCGGAAAGCGAGCGUCGCCGACCGGAAAUACCACCAGCGAGCCCAGAGACCCGGCCUCAGAAAGAUCGGCCUCAACCGAUCGUCCGAACGACUUCAGGGAGUACGUUUACGUCCGAAAGCGACCGGCGAUGCCCACUGACUUCAGCAAACGAUUGCCCGGACUCGAGGCAAGAGAGGGACGACGUAGUGGCACGUGCGGUACCACCGAGUCCAGGGAGUCUCGAUCGGUAUCCCCCGAGAAAGGAACAGGACGUCAACACGAGGACCACCGAGGAAGAGGUGGAAGUGUCGGCAAUGAAUAUGGUAGAUCGGACUCGAGAAUCAGCCGACGAUCCUCAGGAUCGUCGCCCGAACCCGAGGACAACUCCUCAACUUCUGGCGACGAAGCUGGAGCCGCUCCUGAGGAACCUAACCAAAGGUCCAGUUCUGCACACAAUCGCCACUCUCUCACGAAGGAGCAAACGAUGCACUGGUUCGCCCAGAUUGGUGGUGACGACUCUCUCUCUUUGACAGAUGUGAAGCGCCCGCGAAGUCUCUACGACGAGGACUCUCUCGAUGGCGAUCGUCCUUACGACAAUGAAGGACGGGAGUCGACGGGAAGCUCGAAGGAGUUGGACAGGGCGAAGCUCGUCCGUGAGAGGCAGAACGAGGAGCGGCAGCGGAAAUUGGAGGAGCUCAGGCAGCAGGCUCUCGCCGCGCAACGCUUCCGCGAACAGCGUGAGGAAGAGCGACGAAGACGCAUCGAUGAACUCAGAUCGCGUGAUAACGACAGACGAAAUCAAGUCGAAGAGAGAAAACGGCUGAUAUGCGAGGCGGAGCGAGAGAGACGGGAGGCUAUCCUCCGUAAAAAUCAGGAGAGAGAGGCACGCAUCGAGGCAAAGAAGAGGAAUGAGAGGUCGCACAUCGUCUGGGGUACCCGCAGGGCCACCUCCACUACCAAUGUCAUGAUGUUUUCUGCUGCGCAGCCCCUCACUAGGAGAUCCUCCGAGAGAGAGCUGGAUGGCAGCAAGAAACGGGCCACUUCCGCUGGUGGACUCGACCGGAAACCGGGCGAAGAUAUGAGAAUGUCCUCGUCCAUGUACGAGGUGUUCAAUUGGAAUUCUAGCCCCGAUCCCCCCUUAACUCCUGCCAAGCAUAAGAGAGCCAGCCUCUCUCUGCCCCCCACAACUGACAUCUUUGCCGUCGAUGAUAAGUCCGAUAGCGACACUAGGCGUCCCAUGAUUCAGCGGGUUGCCAGUGGUGAUGAUAGCGACGGUGGCACGCCCAGCACCCCGACCUCGGUUUACCUACGUGUGAACAGGAGACGCACCGACCUCAUGCCGACGAUACCGUCCCCGCGCGACGGCCCGCCGUCGACGGCACGCAGCUCCAGCGCCAAGGCCUUCACACGUUCGCCAGGUAGGACUUACUCCAUGUCCAGGCUGGAUCAGCUGGCGCAGCCUAGGAAACGCACGACCGAGCAACAACUCGGCACGUUGGCGGAACAACAGCAAAGCCAGCCUCUGCAGAGCGCUUCUAGCAUGAGUCGCAGCAUGUCGCACUUGGCCGCGCCCGGAGGAGCCAAGAGUCUAAAACGCUCCGAUAACUCGCGUAGCAUGGGCACGCUACCGGGCGCGGCACCUAUGCCCAGACCCACCCGCGCCGAAAGACUACGCCGAAAGGCUCGCGAGUACCAACAGACCCAACAGCAACAAGGUAUCCGCAGCGGCGAAGCGACACCCAACAGCCCGUCCCGACCGCACAGCUCCAUGAGUCAACAGAGCGCCAGCAGCGUGGGCAGCAGUAACGUCAAUCUGCGUACCCGCACGGCCGCGUCGCGCCGACCGCGGCCUGCUUCUAUUGCCGGUACCGGUGUCUCGGUCACAGAGAAACACAAUCUGGUGGACACGAAAUUAACGAAGGAUUCAAAGCCACCACUGCCAAAGGUCCAUAGCACUCCAAAGAAACCUUCUAUACCCAAAGUCGCGGAAGUGAGAAAGCCGACGGAGAAAUUAAUCAAGAACGCCAAGUCAUCACCGCGAAUAACUCCGAAAGCGACACCCCUGCAGAGUCCCGGAGCUGAGCACGCACCACUUAUUCGCGAAACUAACGUGGAGAUCAUAAAGCAGGAUGAGAAUAAAGAGACGCAGAAUGUGAAAUCGGAGGAUAAAAAUGAGGAAAAGAAAGAUCAGGGUAGCGAAAAGACACAGGAAGCGAAUAUUGUCGAAUCUAUAACUAAUAAUACAAAGAUAGCGACAGAACCUGUGUCGACAAGCAAACAAGUCAAAGACGAAACUAAUUUAAUGCAAGAGAAUCUAUCUGGUGCUAUUGCGGAAGAACCGUCGAAAAUCGCCAAAAAGGAAGAGAACAAACAGGAAAAUAAACAGGAGAAGAAAUCGCCGGAGAUGACUGAAAUCAAGCUUGAAGGUGAAAUGGACGAGCAAGUUGACAUGUCAGCUUCAAUGAUCGCGAAAAUCAGAAUCACCACCGAAGAGGAAGCAAAAGCCGCUUUGGCUGAACGUAGAAGAUUAGCUCGAGAACAAGCGGAACGAGAAGCGGAAUUAGAGCGCCAGCGACAGGAAGAAGAAGCACGUCUAGAAGCUGAAAGAUUGCGCGCGGAGGAAGAAGAGCAACGUCGUCUGGAGGAAGAAACUAUACGCUUAGCUAAUGAAGCUCGAGAAGCCGAGGAACAGCGAUUGCAAUUGGCAAUCGAAGAAGCUAAACGUCGUGAGGAAGAAGAUAGAAGAAAAAGAGAAGAGGAAGCUCGCCAGAAACAAGAAAAAGAAGAAGCAGAACGCAAAGCGAGAGAAGAAGCAGAAAAACAACGAAUCGAGAUGGCUGAGAGGCUUAAAAAGGAAGAAGAGGAACGCAACGCUAGACGCAAACGAGUCGAGGCGAUUAUGCUUAGGACUAGAGGCAAAAAUCAAACUAAUACGUCUACCAAGGGAGAAGGCGGUGAUGGCGACAAGCUAAAAGAAGAUAGCCCUACCGACGAGAAUAAACCGAUGCCGGACGGUAAAGGUGACGACGUCAUGACAGCUAGUUUAAUUUCCGAGGCGACUCAGCAAUUUAUCAGCGGCGAACAACGGGCGCAUCACAUAGAAAACAGUGUAUCUGCACCUGAUAUAGUGCACAACGGCACGACACAUAGCAACGGCAUUAACGAAAAUAAAAUUGUAUUGGAUAAUAAUCAGGGUAACGUUGAAGGAGAAUUGAACGGUCAUCAUACGAAUCACGGAAAUGGUAUCAACAGUCAAUCGAUUACGCUGGACAAUGCCACUGUCAAGCAAAACAACGUGACCAACAACCUGUUAGACCUGUCGGACUUCGAUACUCUGAGUAAUAACAGUACCGGCUACGAUACCGGGCCGAUACUCGAACUGACGCCCAAUCUGGCGAAUGAGGAUACCCUCAACUCCAAUCUGAAUCCGGCGGCGAUGCCGUUUACUCCGAUGGGGUUCGUGCCCGCUGCCACUAAUGCCAAUGUUAAUCCGUUCCAGGACAAUUUCAUCAGCAAGCCACAGGAUAACAAUCAAGUACCAGAUCUACUAUCAUAAGGUGUCUCUUAAACGUUCCCGGACGAACAGAAAAAGAGCAGUUAGGCAACCGAAUUGCUCAUAGCGAGCGGUAGCAUUCGGAACGAGACGUUGUUGUUUAUGAUAAUGUAAAUAACCGCCGUCGCGCGACGUAUCAUGUGUAAAGGGGAUAUCUCGGUGAAGCGAGAAUGAGGGCGCAAAGACUAUCCCUGUACCUCACAAUCAUGCCGAGCUCUGAGCGUCGUCAUCGGGAAGAAGAAA